AUGAGGGUCCCUGAAGAAGCUCUAAAGCACGAGAAGUUUACCAUUCAGUUCCAAUUGUCCCAAAAAUCUUCAGAACCAGAAUCAUCCAAAUCCGCUUGUGCCAAGGGCGUGGAUUCGAAGGUGGCAGAUCCUCCUCCUCCUCCUCCGGAAGCUCAGCACAAAGCCACCGAGGCCCUGAAGGCCGAGGACAAGGCUCUGGAUACUUCUGCCAUGCCCCGCGGUACUCCAUUAUAUGGACAGCCUUCAUGGUGGGGCGAAGAUGAGGUGGAUGAAAAAAGAGCUUUCAAGUCAAAUGGCAAACCAGAAGAAAAAAAUCAAGAAACUGGAACCUCAGGGUGCAGCUUAGAUGCCAAGCAAGUUGAGGAACAGCCUGCCGCCGCAAACGAAGAAGUCCUUUUUCCUUUAUGUAGGGAACCGAGCUAUUUUGAAAUCCCUACAAAAGAGUUCCAGCAGCCGUCACAAAUCACAGAAAGCACUAUCCAUGAAAUCCCAACAAAAGACACACCGAGCUCCCACCCCACAGGUGCAGGGCAUGCUUCCUUUACCAUUGAAUUUGAUGACAGUGCCCCAGGGAAGGUAACGAUUAGAGACCAUGUGACCAAAUUUACCUCUGAGCAGCGUCACAAGUCCAGGAAGUCUUUUGCUGGAGCUCAAGACCUGCCUGGGAUUCAGACUGGAAUGAUGGCCCCCGAGAACAAAGUCGCCGACUGGCUAGCUCAGAACAACCCUCCUCAGAUGGUCUGGGAGAGAGCCGAAGACGAUUCCAAAAGUAUUAAGAGUGAUGUUCCCGUGUACUUGAAAAGGUUGAAAGGAAAUAAGCAUGAUGAUGGCACCCAGAGCGAUUCCGAGAACGCUGGGGCGCACAGGCGCUGUAGCAAACGGGCCAUGCUGGAGGAACAGCUAAGGCGCCACCAUUCGGAGCAGAAAAAACUGCAGAAGGCCCUGGCCACGGACAGGCUCCAGGACCAGGCUGUCGUGUUUGGAGUGGAUGACAGUCAGGAUUAUAACAGGCCUGUGAUCAAUGAGAAGCAGAAAGACCUGAUCAAAGACUGGGCCCUCAGCUCUGCCGCAGUGAUGAUGGAGGACCGGAAGCCACUGGGCACACCUGGGUUUCACCACACGGAGGAAGGCACCACUGCAUCUGGAAGCAAGCGCUGGGUUUCACAGUGGGCCAGUCUGGCUGCCAAUCACACGAGGCAUGACCCAGAAGAAAGGGUCAUGGAAUCGUCUGUCCCUGCUCCUUUAGAGAAUGACGCGGACAUCAGCGAGUCUGGCGUUUCGGUGAGAAGUGGCGGCUCCGCGGCCUCCCUGGCUGGGCAUGGAGAGAGGCGGCGGCGGACCCUCCCCCAGCUGCCCAACGAUGACAAGGCUCUGGAGGGCUCCCGAGCCAAGGCCCUGACGCCCAGGUCGGAGAUCGGGGAGAAGCAGGACACGGAGCUGCAGGAGAAAGAGGCCCCAGCGCAGGUAUACCAGAAGGACAGACAGGAUGCCGACAGGGCCCUGGGCAAGGGGACCAGGGCGGUCAAUGGGGAGACCCUGAGACCUGGCGGCGAUCCCAAAGCCCUCCUGCACUUGGCCAUCUCCUCCCCUGGGAAGGAGAAACAUGAACCCGACAAGGAAGCCUCUUUGGUGAAGCAAACGUUAGCCAGAAUCCAGCUCCAGGAGCCGACGGAACAGGCCCACUGGGCGCCUACUAAAUUAUCUUCCAAAAAUGCGUCGGGUCCGCUAGAGAGAGGCAGGGAGGAGUCCCUCAAACAGGAGUCACAGCCUCCGGAGAAAACCCCAGGACAUUCUGCCGGCAAAGGAGAGAGGGCCAUGCCAAGUGAGGGCAAGCGGAGGAAGGCCGAGGAGCUUCUGAAGGGCCAUGCCGCCAAGGCAGGGGACAAGAAGGAGUCCUCCAGGCCCUUGGUGCGACAGGGAAGCUUCACCAUCGAGAAGCCCAGCCCCAACGUCCCCAUCGAGCUGAUCCCCCACAUCAACAAGCAGCCGUCCUCCACACCCCCUCCCUUGGCCUUGGCCAACUCCGCCGGCAGACUGCGCGACAGGAGCGACCCCGUGGAUGCUGACUCCAGCCUGGACACGACCCUCAUCCUCAAAGACACAGAGGCCGUCAUGGCUUUCCUAGAAGCGAAGCUUCGAGAAGACAAUAAAACCGACGAAGGCCCGGACACCCCCAGUUACAACAGAGACAACUCCAUCUCCCCGGAGUCUGACGUGGACACGGCCAGCACCAUCAGCCUGGUGACCGGGGAGACGGAGAGGAAGUCAUCCCAGAAGCGCAAGAGCUUCACCAGCCUCUACAAGGACAGGUGCUCCUCGGGCUCGCCGUCCAAGGAGGCCUCCAAGUCCUCCGGCGCCAGGGACAAGGUGGAGAAGAAAACCAAAAGCCGCUCCACGGAGGUAGGGCUCAGAGCCGACGGGCGGAAGUUUGUCCAGUCCAGCGGACGCAUGAGACAACCAUCGGUGGACCUCACGGACGAUGACCAGACCUCCAGCGUACCUCACUCUGCCAUCUCUGACAUCCUGUCCUCCGACCAGGAGACUUACUCCUGUAAACCCCUCGGGAGGACUCCACUGACCUCGGCUGAUGAGCAUGCACAUUCCAAGCUGGAGGGAAGCAAGGGGACCAAGGCCAAGACUUCCCCCGUGCCCCCCGGCUCGGCCAGCAAGUCCACCACCCUCCCCCGGCCCCGGCCCACCAGGACUUCCCUCCUGCGCCGAGCACGCCUUGGGGAAGCCUCAGACAGUGAGCUUGCCGAUGCUGACAAGGCAUCCGUGGCUUCUGAAGUGUCCACGACAAGUUCAACGUCAAAGCCGCCCUCAGGAAGGCGGACCAUCUCGAGGAUCGACUUGUUGGCUCAGCCCCGGAGAACCAGGCUGGGCUCCCUGUCCGCUCGCAGCGACUCGGAGGCCACCAUCUCGAGGGGUAGCGCCUCCUGCAGGACCGCGGAGGCCAUCAUUCGGAGUGGAGCCAGGCUAGUCCCGUCGGAGAAAUUUUCUCCGCGAAUUCGGGCCAACAGCAUCUCUCGGCUGUCAGACUCCAAGGUCAAAAGUAUGACCUCCACGCAUGGCUCGCCUUCAGCCCUGAAAACGACACGCCUGCAGAGCUCUGGGUCAGCCAUGCCUACGAGUUCUUCAUUCAAACACCGGAUCAAAGAGCAGGAAGACUACAUCCGAGACUGGACCGCUCAUCGCGAGGAGAUAGCCAGGAUCAGCCAAGACCUCGCUCUCAUUGCUCGGGAAAUCAACGAUGUAGCCGGCGAGAUAGACUCGGUGACGUCCUCAGGCACUGCCCCCAGUACCACAGUAAGCACUGCCGCCACCACCCCUGGCUCUGCCAUAGACACUAGAGAAGAGGUAGGAGAGCCUCAUGGAGAAAUGCAUAAGUUGGUCGAUCGAGUUUUUGAUGAAAGCCUCAACUUCCGAAAGAUCCCUCCGCUGGUUAAUUCUAAAACACCGGAAGGGAACAACUGUCGGGCUAACGAUUCAAGGCUUCAACCGCCAGAGCUUCCCGAUCACUUAACCAUCACGAGGCGGAGGACCUGGAGCAGAGAUGAGGUCAUGGGAGACAAUUUGCUGCUCUCGUCUGUCUUCCAGUUCUCCAGGAAGAUCCGGCAGUCUAUAGACAAAACAGCUGGGAAGAUCAGAAUAUUAUUUAAAGAUAAAGAUCGGAAUUGGGAUGAAAUAGAAAGCAAGCUAAGAGCUGAAAGUGAAGUUCCCAUUGUGAAAACCUCAAGCAUGGAGAUUUCUUCCAUCUUACAGGAGCUGAAAAGAGUUGAAAAACAGCUUCAAGCGAUCAAUGCCAUGAUUGACCCGGAUGGGACCCUGGAGGCGCUGAACAACAUGGGCUUUCCCAAUCUCUUGCCGUCUCCCCCCAAACAGAAGCCCAGCCCCGUCAACAACCACGGCAGCCCGGGGCAGACACCGGCCCUGUGCCCGGCGGACUCGAGGGCUCUCCCCCCCGCCGCCGUGUCCAGCUCAGCCGAGUUCGAGAACACCGAGUCCGAGGCCGACUUCAGCAUCCACUUCAACAGGUUCAAUCCGGAUGGCGAGGAGGAGGAGGUGGCCGUGCCCGAGUGA